AGUCAUCCGUGAAGCGUGUCGAACGGUGCGGCGGGUCGCUGUGGAGAGGCGCGCUCAGGGCUCCCGUGGUGGUGUAGUGAGUGGAGUAGUAGUCUGAGUGAAGCCCCGGUGACCUGGGUCAGGUCAGUGACCUGGACGAGGUCAGCCAUGGUGGAGGAGACCGCUCCCCGGCGGCGGCAGGCAUUCUCCGAUGAGAACCUUUACCUGGAGCCGGUGCUGGCGCCUCUGCUGAGAAGGGUGGAGGUGCCCUCGUCCUGUCGGCUGCGCGAGGGUGUGUCUGUCACCUUGGAGCGCGCGCAGCUCUGGAAGGCCUUCUUCUCGAGGACCAACGAGAUGAUUGUCACCAGGAAAGGGCGGAAGAUGUUCCCCACGAUCCGACUGCGGGUGUCGGGCCUGGAAAAGACCUGUCUGUACGCCAUGUGUCUGGAGUUUGUGCAAGUUCACGACAUCAAGUUCCGGUACAUCCACGGCGACUGGAAACAGACGUCCACUGCCCGUGCCGACCCGCCUCCCACCGCCGUCUACGUGCACCCCAAGUCCUACCAGAUGGGCGCCUACUGGAUGUCGGAGGCCAUCUGCUUCGACGACGUGAAAAUCACCAACGACAAGACGGCUGGGCCGAGCAUGAUGCCGCUCAACUCGAUGCAUAUGUACGAGCCCCGACUGCACAUUGUGCGUGUGAACGUCAUCCCGGGCCAGGGCCUGGAGGCGGUCAAUGUCAUGUCGCACCGGCUCCGGGUCACCGGCUUCGUGGCCGUCACCGCCUACCAAAACGACAAGGUCACCGCUCUGAAGGUGGAGAAUAAUCCAUUCGCGCGGGCUUUCAACCGUUCGGCCUCGGCUCUGGCCGCGUUUGAGCUGAGCAUGGCUCAGACUGGGCAGAUGCUCAACGGGGAGCAGCAGCAGCAUCACCACCAGCAGCAACAACAACAGCAGCAACAACAUCAACUGCAGCAGCAGCAGCAGCAGCUGAACACUGAGCAGGGAGCACAUAUGGCCCAAAAUCGGUUUCAGCCGUACCCCAGCCGGCUGCCGCAGCCCCCUCCCCAGGGCUCCCCCCUGAGGAAGGGCGGACGAGGCCGAGGCUCAACGGUCGGAGCUGCACCAACGGAGAAUGGUGACCGACUGUUCUGCCCGGAGCCCUUCUCAGCCGUGCACCAGCCCGUCUCCGGCGACCUGACCUGCCCAGCGCCGUUCCCGCCGUGCUCAGUGGCGCCGUUCCCGGAGUGCUCGCCUCAGCUGGGCUCCGCCGGCGUACCGUUAGGCUCCCCGGCCUACCUGCGACCUGAGCUGCAGGACCAGCAGCUGAGGCACGCCGCGGCCGGGUACCAGUGUCAGUGGCCGCCGGCGGCGCUCUCCGCGGCCUCUGGAUACAGGACCACAGUCGGCACUCCCUCGCCGGCCUCCUCAGUCUCGACCGGCGGCCCCGCGGCCGGCUGGGCUGACGGUGGCGCCGGCGGCGGCGGUGGUGGUAACUACUGGUGUGGUGACUCGCCGCCUACCGAGUGGGGCGCCACCGGUCCGGGCGGCCGGUGUGCGGUGAAGCUGGAACCGGCGUGUCUCCUGACGCCACCGCACGGUUCUCCGGCGGCCUGUGCUGGUCCACCAGCGCGGCUCACCCACCCGCACCCCUCGCCUGUGAGCGGAGCGCAGCUCUGGCCCACGGGCCCCGUACCAGCCUCCUCCUGCGGCCAGAGUUGGACGCCGGCCCCGCCGGAUGGGCUCACCGGCUGGCCACCAAUGGACCCGGGCGCUGCCGGUCCCCUAGAUAACCCGCUGACCGAGUGUGCCAUGGGUACAACUGUCGGCUACUUCACUCCACCGGGGCACCAUCUGUCUAUGGACGGGGCACCGCCCGCCAGUAGGUGUCUAGGUCACGGCGAAACCCGCCAGUAGCGGUCAGGGGGCCAGGUCAGCCGUCCCAGUGUACCGCCAUCAAAUGUGUCCAGGUCACGAGCGCCUUCCUGAGUGAUCCAGCCCGCACGGAAGCGUCCGAGUGUCGCCGAGAUACAGCCGUGUCAACGCCACCUUUCCCGAGUUAACGCCAGCGCCCCGCUGCCGUGAUAGCAGCGAGUUAACGUUCAUGGCUGAAUAUUGACUGAACGAACGUCCAUGACAAGCUGCCGUGUCCGGUCGGUGCUGAGGUACCGUGUGCUGUCCGUGCCGGCCAGCCGUGCCGUUCUUUCCGUGCGGCCCGGCCCGUGUCACCAGCAGUGUGCGCGCUCACAGCUCACAGCUCACUGAGUCGGCUGCAUCACAGCGCUGACUCCUCUAAUUAUCCGUGAGCUAGCAGUUAUGAGUCAGGGCUCGAUUAGCUCAUAGCACUGGCUCCGCUAAUGAGUCGUGAGCUAACAGUCAUGAGUCAGGGCUCGGUUUGCUCACAGCGCUGGCUCCCUUAUGAGUCUUGAGUUAUUAACCAUGAGUCAAAACUCGUUAGCUCACAACGCUGACCCCACUAAUGAGUCGUGAGCUAGCGGCCAUGCGUCAGGACUCGGCUAGCUCACAUCGUGACUGGGCUUGCGUUUCACGGAGCUAAAACCGUAGCUCGUAGGGCUGAUUGCUAUCAUGCAAGCUGUGCAUUCGUGAAUUGGGUAUCGAUUCUACUCGUAAUAGUAUUAUUUUUUAACUGUCUACUGAGUAUAGUUGGCGCUUUAUCACGUGUGGGAACAUUGUUGUAAACGUAUAAUCAGCGUCAACUAAGACCAGGUUGAAGCGUACUCGUACUUUUGAAAUGUGUUCACUACAUGAGGCUGCCUAUGAAAACACAGGUGCGCUUGUAGCAGUCGGAAAGGACCCCUGGAAAUUCCCAGUGCCUUUAAAAAGCGCAUUAUAUGUCAGAAACUGCCAGCUGUAAACUACAUUCUUAAUUUGUGAUCACAACUAAUGUGCUUACGCCGUUGCCCGGUCACAAUCACACACACACACGCACACACACCCAGAAAGGGACAAAGGGACAAAAGGCGUACUGAAGUAGGACGUCCGUUCACAGCGGCGGGCUCCCUGCUGCUGAUUGGUUUUUGCACAGAUUGUGUUACAUGCCUGCUCCAUGGUGGUUAAUGGCUGCUUCAUACUCUAUAUGUAUGAGUUCUGUGCCUGUACCAUUUUCCUUGGUCUAUAUGUCAGUGUUAUGAGCUAUGAUCACAUGUCCACAAUGGUUAGGUACACCGACCCGGUUUCGCGUCCCUGAUAGAAUGACCGGCAGUUAUUAUCAGAACAUGUGUGUGGCGAGGUGUAUCUGUGGCUGACAGCCAGGUGUGGUUUCCUUUUAAAAUAUGCAUUGUUUAUCGCUCUUAGCAAUGGCCAUAUUAGAGAUGAAGAUCCCCUUGUUCACUUUGUUCGUAUUCCUAGGAGCAUUUGUGAAAUAAACUGAUUUACUGUGAUGAUGCCUUCCAUGCUAAUUACCGUAGCUAUACAUCGUAUUUAGCGUUCCUUGGUCAUAGAUGAUCGCUUGGCACCAGCCAAGAGCCCUCUGAUCAAAACGUAUUUCGCUGGCGUACUGUAAAUGUGUUUGUUCUAACUGCUGCUGCGAUGAUGGUAGCUGUGUCAAAAUAUACAGUGUGUGCUUUGAGGUGUACUCUCGCUGAUUGAACAGAGACCGAAUCUGUUUUCGUGCACUUCACCACUGUCAAUAAAUGUAUGUGCACUGAUGUCACAAAUAUAUCGCCAUGAAAU